CCAGACAGGUUACCUUCUUUGACCCUGGAUAUAAUUUAAGCCCCGUCUACACUACACCGUGUGAAGUACGAAUUAAUUGUGCAUGCCAUAGCAAGUUCUCCAGAAAGAGAGGGAGCUACCUUUCCCCUAUUUGAGAAGAGAGACUGAAGGGAAAGCAGAGAACUGGCCUCUGGAGAGCUGUGUGCAAGUUUGCUCCUGGCUAAAAGUUAAUCAUCAAUCGCCUGUAUUUUCAGCUCUGAGUCCCCAACAAGCGGCUAAUGCAGCUUUUCUCUCUCUCUCCAGAUAAUCUGGAAUCGGCUCUACCUCUCCCUUUAUAUUGCCUUCGAAUAUUGCUCAUCAUCAGAAAGUGACUAGGCUUAGAUAUACACACCACCCAAAGUGCUCAUCUGACAACAGGUUGCUCUAGUCUCCAGCAGAGGUGCAGAAAUGCCAUCGGAGACUUCUGCUCCUCCUCCAUACCCCCUUCCUCCAGAUGGAGGUUGGGGUUGGGUAGUAGUUUGUGCAUCCUUUAUCUCCAUUGGAUUUUCAUAUGCCUUCCCCAAAGCUGUCACAGUAUUCUUCAAAGAUAUUCAGGAAAUAUUCCACGCUAGCUACAGUGAAAUUGCAUGGAUAUCAUCCAUCAUGCUGGCUGUCAUGUAUGCAGGAGGUCCUGUCAGUAGUGUCUUGGUGAACAACUAUGGCAGCCGGCCAGUGGUGAUAACUGGAGGGUUGCUAUGCUGUACCGGAAUGAUCUUGGCUUCCUUCAGUAACAGUGUGAUACAACUUUACCUCACAAUUGGCUUAAUUGGAGGUAUAGGAUUAGCAUUCAACCUGCAACCAGCCUUAACAAUACUCGGAAAAUACUUCUAUAGGAGACGGCCCAUGGCAAGCGGCUUGGCCAUGGCUGGAAGUCCUGUUUUCUUAAGCUCGCUGGCUCCCUUUAAUCAGUACCUAUUUAACAGUUACGGCUGGAAGGGGAGCUUCUUGAUUUUGGGAGGCAUAUUUUUGCACUCCUGUGUGGCUGGGUGCCUCAUGAGGCCUGUCCAGCAAAGUCCACGUCAGUCAAAGUCUAAAAGUAAGGUUGGUUCAAGACAUAAUGAAACUAUGAAGAAAGUCAGGAAGGAAUCGACAGCAGAAAAAAUUAAUAAAUUUUUAGAUUUCAGCCUUUUUAAGCAUAGAGGAUUUUUGAUCUACCUAUCUGGAAAUGUCAUUAUGUUUCUAGGGUUUUUUGCCCCUAUUAUAUUCUUGGCUCCAUAUGCUAAAGACAAAGGAGUGGAUGAAUAUAACUCAGCUUUGUUGCUGUCUGUGAUGGCUUUUGUGGAUAUGUUUGCUAGACCUUUGGGAGGAUUAAUAGCCAACUCCAAGUUAAUCCGUCCACGCAUCCAGUACUUCUUCAGCUUUGCAAUUAUAUUCACUGGCGUAUGCCAUCUCCUCUGCCCCCUGGCAGAUACCUACCCAGCAUUGGUGGUCUACUCUAUAUUCUUUGGUUAUGGAUUUGGAAGUGUUAGCAGUGUCCUCUUUGAAACUCUUAUGGACCUUGUUGGACCUGCCAGGUUUUCCAGUGCCGUGGGACUUGUCACCAUUAUGGAGUGUUGCCCCGUUCUUCUCGGCCCUCCUAUAGCUGGUAAAUUGGUUGAUAAAACUAAAGACUAUAAAUUUAUGUACAUAGCCAGUGGGGCAAUCGUGGUGGUAUCAGGCAUUUGGCUGUUCAUCGGCAACGCUAUUAACUAUAGACUCCUCGCCAAGGAAAGGAAGAGAGAGAGAGCACGGAAGAAGAAAUCAGCCACCCAUUCGCCCAGAGAAUCGGAGGCUUUGAGCAAAUCCAAACACGACGAUGUUACUGUCAAAGUUUCAGGUGCACACAGUCCUCCGUCAGACAGAGAAAGAGAAAGCAAUAUUUAACAUGUCUCAUCUCAAAUCAGUGUUUAUGAAUUCGCUUAUGAGUUUCUUUGUGUUUUUCAAAGUGUUGGAAAGGAUUUUAGGUAAAACAAAUGAUCACAAACAAUAAUGAAACUAAGAUUUGGAGGUGAUGUAUACAGAAAAUCGAUGCAGAGGCUUAUUUGCAGACUUGACUUGGGGUGUUGUGAUGAGAAAGAAGAAUUUUUAAAUCUUUCACUGACUUUUAUUCGUAGAACAAAAUCUGCAUCUCAGCAGCCUGGCUUACUUAAGCAUAUGUUUAAUUCCAUAAAAUGUCUCUCCUCAAAGUUCCUUUUUAUUUGAUAUUGUUAUGAAGUAAAUUAAAGACAAUUAUUUCUCUUUUCACACACAAAGAAUCACAUAGAAUAUAUAUCCACACAAACACUGAGUAUCUGGAGACCAUAAAAAAAUAAAUGAAUUUGAAAGAAAAAGAUUAUUAUAGUCAUUUUUAAGUAAAAGAAAAAGCUCCAGGGAGACAAUGGGAAUGUGUUUUAUUUGUCUGCAGUUUCACAGUGUGGCUUUAAAAUAACAAUAUAUAUUGAAAGGCAAAAUUCUAAACACUAAAAAAUUAAGGGAUUGCUAGCAUCAGAAAAAAAGUGUUUGUAAAAUAAGUUUGGCAAAAAAAAAAAAACAAAAACAAACAAAAAACAAAAAAACCCAAACCUCCUUUUUCACAGUCGUGCUUGAUUAAUCUGCGCACACCGUUUUUUUUUUUUUAAAGGUUGUAAUUAGUCCCUGAUGCUGGAAAAGAGAACACCCCCCCCCAAGUAAUCUGUACAAUUUUUACCUAACACAUCAAUUGAAUUAGAAUUUUAGUGAGACUGAACAUCAGCUAAACCCCAUUGAUUUGUAUCUUAGCUCAUAAUGUACAGCUUAAUUAUGAAUCUUUAAAAAAAAAAAAACAGGGCUCAAUCCAGAUUCAAUGUUGUGCUGCAAUAACCAAGCCAAAUAACCAAGAAUCCUAGUUGACAUCUGCAAGUAGGCAAGAUUCUACUUUUUUUUUUUUUAAACCAACCAAAGUAAUGACACAAGCUUAAUCUUCUGAGUAAAUUGUAGGAAUAGAACUGACAAGAGUAGGGGUCAUUAUUGAGCCCACUACAGUCUUCGAAUUCUUCACUAAAACAAGCAAAAGCAAAAGAAAAGAAAGCCAGCCCUUGACUUCAGUCCCUGAAGAUGCCUCAUGGUAGAGGGAACACUUGAAAAUUCUGCUCCCUAUUGAUUUUGACUGCCUGUUGUCUGAGAACAGAACCAGAACACUGGAGCUUGCUGGGUGGAAAGACACUUGUAAAAAUACAGGUUUGGGGACUUCUAGGAAUAUAGUUUAUGGCACAGUAUUGAUAUGGUGAAGGGUUGUCACUCAGGUUAGUUUGGCAUGUUCUCAUUUUUUUGAGCAAAAGUAACUGGGAUUCAGAAUCAUUCCUAAGACAUUUUUGACAGAUCCGUGAUUUCCUAACCUAUAAAUAUCAACUGAAUUUAAAUAUUUGUAUAUGUCUUGUUUAAUUUUAUGAGGGAUAGAACUCAGUGAUUUACAAUUGAGUGACACCUCUCUAGCAAUACCCUCCUCUUUUCUUUGCAGCAGAGGGUGGGUGCUAUUCUUAUUCCUUAGGAGACUUUGCCUAGACACUGCACUUUCAUGACAUCAGCAUUAAAGGUUUGAGUUUGUCCUAAAUUUAAUCCACUGCUUUAAAUGUGGUUCACAGGCUCAUAUUUUCAGAUUUGCUUUUUCUUCAUUUAACAUUUGCCUUUUUGAAGAUAUUUAUGAUUUUCAAUCAUUUAAUAAAAAACAGGAUGUGCCAAUAUCUUAAGGAAAUGAAUAAGGACAACAUGUGACACCAUAUAGCAUACAAUGUCCUUCAUUUUUUUUUUUGCAGUGUCCUUUUCUUUAACUUGGUUCCACCCAAUCUUGAGUCAGCUUUUUUUGUGUGUUAUUCCUUUUAUAUCCACUUCUGUUAUUAAAAAAAAAACACCAUUCUAGUCAAUCAUAAACAGUUCCAAAAAGAAUGCCUUGCACUCUUUGAAAAUACCUUUUUAAACUAAUAUACAUGUCAGACAGCAGAAGAAGAGGAACAGUAAGGCAGUGACCGUAGGAUUUGUAGUCACUCCUGUGUGCUGUGACAUCUGCAUGCAGAGAUGCUGUAGGGGGGCCCCGGUGCCUUCCUUUCUCCUUGGAAAGAGGUUUAGUUAUGUCAAUUGCUGAUGAAUCAAACCAAAGCCAAGUUGCAUUUCCUUUGCUGCUUCUCAGUUGCCUUAAUUCACUUCUGAUGGUUAUUCCAUUGAUCUUUAAGGGUGUGAAAGGAUCUCAAAGCACAGGACCUGGUGUGCAGAGUCAUGUCAGAAACAUGACAUUCUAAGUAGGAAUGUCUGUAACAGACAUGUUCUAAGUUAAAGCUAUAACUUGCUUGAAUCAACAAGAGAACUGUAAUAGAAAUGAAUCUACUUGCUUGCUCUUCCCGGUCCAACUGCAUCUGUUGACAUACUUGUUCCUUUAAUUAUAUCUUUCAAAGACUGAGCAAACACUGUUGGCCUAAAGCUUCUGUUCCUAUCUAAUCACACAGUACAGGAGGAAUGUAGCUAGCAUGCUCAUCUGCAACUUGAGUGCUGAAUACAUUCCUGUCACAGAGGAAUACCAGAUUUUAGAUGUUCAAGAUAAGAAACUAAACUGUUAUCAUUGAAAUGCCCACAAAGUUCUAAUUAUUAUUCAAAAGAAACUAGCGUACUCUUAAUUUCCAGUUACUAGCUAGCUUAUAUAAUUGCCAUUUGUUAGUUGAACAUCCCUCAUCUUUUGCUAUUUAACCUUAACUAUUUUUCAUCAUCCAUAGAAAGAAGAAUAGGUAUGGACUAAUUCGUUCUUAGUCUUCUUUCUAGGUCCUUUUUGAAGAGGCAGUGAGAGGCAGUAAUAUGUAUCAUAUUGAAGACAUGACAUUUUCUCAGUAUAAAUUCACAUGACUCAUAGAGUUCCCAAUUUCUUUCUGUCUGCCAAGCACCUGCACUCUAUUGGCCACACUCCACCUGAACAGCAAAAAAGAAAUGAAACAAUUUGAUUUGGUAUGCUCAAAAGUAUUCCAUAAGGGUGUAAUUGUCUACUCACUUGCUUCUAGCCCUACAACAUGACAAUCUAUAACACAGAAAAGUAUAAGUAAAAUUUUAUAUAGAUGUUUUAAUUAGUUGAAAUUACAUUGCUCCAAAAAUGCCUUACAAAGAAAAAACUCAUAUAUAGGCUAUUUCCAACCUUUAAUAGAAUAAAUUAUCCUAAAUGUUUGGUUCAGUGUAAUGGGAGAAUACAAGGUAAAGGAGGUAAGAAAUCCAUGAUAUGCAUUUUGCCUACACAGUGCCUCUUAAUAUUAAAACCAAAGCCACACUAGGAGUCAGCACUUUGAUAUAAUAGUCUCUCUCUCUCUCUCUCUCUCUCUCUCUCUGUCUCUCUCUCUGUCUCUCUGUCUCUGUCUCUCUCUCUCUCGAGAGAGAGAGAGCGCUCAGGAAAUUUCCCUAGAGUUAAAAAUAGUAUAUUGCCCAACCAAAAUUUAUGGGUUUAUCUAAAAGCAGAAAGUUCUUAGAGAAUUCACUCAAUUUCCACACACAACUUAGAGUGUCAAAAGCAAGUAAAAAGAAAUGCAAAAGAGUAAACUUUAUAUGGGAAAUGAGACUUAACUGCAGUCUAUAUUAUAAUUUAUUAUUUGCUCAUUAGACACUGAAUUUUCUUUAUGCAAAAUAUAAUUUCAAAUUGCCUGCUUCUCUCAUCAGUUCAAAUUAUCUCAAAUAAUGAUUAUAUAUAACAGCUGAAUGUGCUUCAUUAAGUCCUUUUCUCAUAUAAAUGAUGGUAUGUUUAUAUGACUCAGGUGUAAUGUAUUUUCCCUGAAGUUGGAGUAAAGGAAGUUCUUUAGUACACAUAAGCUAUUCCUAUAUUUGUUCCUACCUGUGAUGUAAACUGUAAACAUUACUUACUAUAGAACAUGAUAAUUUGAAUUUUAGUGACUACCCCAUUUAUGGGAUUAGCCCAGGAACCAAGAAAUAUUUAUGCGAUUAAUAAGAUUAAAGUAAUUUAAUUCAUUAAUAUAGUAUCUACUUAUUUUCAUUAUUUGACAAAACGUAUUCCUAAUAGUUAGUUUUCAAGUUUCUCUGAGCAUGCUCCUUGUUCUCUCGUCUCGCGGAGAACACAACUAUUACUGCCUUUGUCAGCUUCUCUUGCUAGACAUUUGAAGAGCUUAUGCAUCCCACCUUGUUUGAGGAGUUAAGUCUCCAUGCACUUUUCCUUAUGAUGGUGUCAUCUGUGCAUGACGCCAUCUGUGGUGCAGAGGGUCUUGCUCAUUUGUGAUUUGCAAGAAUAGCCUUCCUGAAGCUAUAUAUACUUCAUGGAAGAAAGGCACAUGUUCACAAAUAGGAAAAACCUCUUUAGUCUAGGCUUGAAUAUUCUGAGAUUGGAAAGGUGUUUGUGGUCCAGAAGUUAUAAGUGUGGCUUUUUCUUUAUGUCAGAUAAAUUCAUAAUUGAGUCUAGUUUGGCAUAACCUAGCAAAACAAAUCAUUCUCUCCUGGGCACUUGCCAUCUGGAAUUUUCCCAGUAUUUCUGGAAGUGCCUCGUACCUUCAAGAACUGGAAUUAGCAGUGCUGUGCACUGUUAAUCCAGCAUUGCCCCAGUGCACACACUCCACAGAUGUUUGCAGUAAGGUCACUCAGAUGUUUUUUAAGUCUCGACAUUUAAUCCUACCACUUCUACAGAUCUGAAUUCCGUGGGUCCAUAUACUUCCACAUUUAAGAACACAGGCUAAAGUUAAGAGACAUGCAUGCCAGAAACUCUCAUGUCAUAAAAACACCCAUAAAUGAACAGUGUACUGAGACCAUCAUGUUUACCAUUCAGAUUUAGCCUUCUUUGCUUCAAGUGUUCAUACUCAGUAGACUUUGCCUCUACACAUUAGUAUUAUUAUAAAAUUAGACGUCAUCUCCAUGCUCUCUUUGCUUUGAUGCCUUGAUGAACAGAGCUUGAAAAAUUGAUGGUAAUGUGAAUUAUGGAUGACGUUCUUGCAAGUCUCACGUUGAGCAAAGUUAAUAUUGACAUUGAACAAAAUCACCCCUAUUCCAGUCCCAGGUGCUUUGUUGUCCUUAACACCCCUGUCUCUACCUUUAUUUCUUGUUUUUGAAUUAAUUUCCUUUUUCUGUAAUGUUUGAAUGAAAGUCUUUAAGAUUUUUGUCCUCCCCUGCUGGACAUUUUCCACAUAGAUUAUUUCCUUGCUGGUGGUUUGAUGACACUGUCAUUGUUCUCAUGGUCUUUUGUUUUUGAGUCUUCAUAGACAACCUGUUAAUUAGGUAAGCAGCAUUCAGCAGUAAUAGAGAAGGCCACAGUAUAUGCUGAAUUUAUUAACGUAACAGUGACUAAUUUUUCUUUACCUGAUAAAGCCAGCAUUUGUUUCUUUGGUUUUAAUUUGAAUGGUAAAAUAAGCUAUGAAAGAAAAUAAGCUUUAUGUGCAAAACAGGCACUGAACGGAUGACGACUAGGGUGUGGGCAGCGUGUUGUUCAGAAAAAUUUUAUCUCCCUAAAUUCAGCGUGGAAUUUCAAAACGGCGGUGAUGUUCAUUCUGUAGUUGUUUGUAGUUUCAUUUUUACUUUGUAUAUGCACCUAAUAAUGCUUUUGAUGAACCCAUUUUAUACAAAACAUGUUUAAUGAAAUAGACUGCAGGUUUCAAUGGGAUUUGCUUUGCUACCACUAACAUUGUAUUGAUUGAAGGCUAAGCAAUUCUGGACUUCACGAGAUUGGACCUGCCAAUUGAAAUGCUGGUUUCAGAACAUUCAAUGCAAUUGUAUUUUGAUGUGUAAUGUAUUUUCACUCAACAUAUAUAGAUAUCAAAUUUCAUGUUUAAUUAAUUGAUUGCACCAUCUCACCCCUCUCAGCUAUUUCUUGUUAGCGGUCCACAUUUUGCUGUACUAGUAUCAACAGAUUAAAACCUUUGCUAAGGUGUGCUCUGAGUAGGUGCAGGAUUGAAGAGAGUACACAUCUUUUGACUUCCAAACACUUUUAAUUCUCUUUACUAGGUAAGCCCUGCCAUCAGUAAUGAUGACCUUAUAGAAUAAAUGAAAUAGUUUCCUAGAAGCACAUUCAAUAAUUCCUCAUAUUCAAUACAAAUGUAUUUCUUCAAUCAUAUUUUGCAAAGUCAAGUUUGUAAACUUAAUUUGAAGAAUACCUACUGAUUGUCACACUAGAGAGUUCUGAAUUUGUCGCAGACAGUAACUAAUACGCUGCUGAAUUUUGCACAGUAUAUGAUAUUACGGUAAUAUCAAGCCAUUCUAGAGAUACCAGUAUUAUGUUAAUAGACAUUUAUCAGUGUUCCUUUAAUUGCCCUUUUUGCCUAUGCAUAGACCUUAUUUUAAAAGAAACAUUCAAUUGUUUCCUACACAAUUGUCAUCACUUAAAUUAAGGACAUCACUCACGCAUUGUUUUAAGAAUCUGAAAAUGUGUUAGGGAAAGUACUAGACUGAGUUCUAUCAGACAAAACUAGACACUUAACAGGUGUCUCAAACAAUGUAACUAAAGCUUUAAUGUCAGAGAAUGCCCUUUACCCUGUUUUGCCUGGAUAGACAGCAUUUCUAGGCUUUUCCUUUAUUCAUACCUCUCCAGAAAUCCACAAUAAACACCAAAAAAAAAUCACCCAUAAUGAGAUAAAUCUCAGGAAGAAGCGUGGUGACUGCUUGGAAUUCAUUUUGGCAAAAUACAAAAGCAGCAUUCUGCAUUAGACACGUGUUUGUUUAAGUCACUGGGGACAUCAACUAUAGGAUCCACUGUUAGUGAAGGUGUUCAGAAACUGACAUGGCCGAAAAGACUUUUGGGCAUGUGAAAGACCUUUGUACCUCCACAGGCAGCUGUGUGGGGGUUAUACUCAGCCAGACUGAUGCUGUGCUACCAUCUGACAUCAGUGCGACAGGAACAGCCUCGAGAUGGGUGGUGUUACCUAUCCUGGUGGUGAUAAAGUCAAUAUCAUACUUUAGUUUGCAAUGUCAUACAGUAAUCUCUAUGCUAAAGGUAAAAGGGCAAAAUCUUCCCAAAUAUUAAAAUUUUCACUUGAUUUGAAGGGUUUUUAUUAUAAUGUAUUAAUGAAUUAUUUUCUAGGUUAAAAAAUUCUCCACUUGAGAAGGAAAUUUUGAAAAAUGGUUACAACUUUCAUGCUUUGGCUAAAUAUUUUUUCAUUACAGUUUUAAAUUUGAAUUAAGAUUUGGAGGAAGAGUUCAAGACAUAAUACCUUGCCAUUAAUAAGACAUGUAAAAUAUAAUUUACCUCACCAACUUUUUCAAAAAUUUGAAGUGAAUGGGCUUCAGAGUUAAUCUAUAAAAUUAUUUUCAUUAUAAAUUAUGUCUUAAGCUCUACUUCUAAGAUUUCUAAGUGCAACAUAAUGUGUUUUGUUCUCUCUGCAUCUUGGUAACCACUGAGCAAACCAUCUCAUGGUCACAUAAAUAUGGGUAUUCCCUGUGACAGUGAAGUAAAGAUUAAGGGAGCCUUGCUUGACACCUAAGAGGAUCCAGUCACUUGUUUAUACAGGAUCUAAGUCAUGGCUGCACCUGCCUCACUGUUUGAAAACAAAGUAUAAAGUGAUCAGUGUGGAUGCCUGCCACAGUUAAUAUAAGAUGAUAAACUGCUCUUCUUCCACCUGCCUGCAAGGGACUAUACUAAGUCGAUCUUCGUAUAAAAUUCUGGAAAUUUUUAUAUAUGUAACAAUUCAUAACUUAGGAAUAACAGAUGUAUAAACGUGACCCCCAAAAUGAGAUAACUGGUGUUUUCAUAGAAAAGCACAUUUUAUUUUAGUUAAAUGUUAUGUAGAUUUACAUAGAUCAAGGGUAAAUUGUUUCGAUGAUGAGCUCAUUGUUAGGAAAACUGUCCGGAGUACUGACGCACUUGCCUUGUCCUGCUGUGGUGUCUGUCACGUGGGCCUAUUGCUUCAGAAAAGAACCUACCAGAGAUUGCUAGGUUUCACUCUCAACAGAUUUGACAGAAAUGCCUCAUUCCUCCAUGAAACUUUGUGUUUUGCCUGCUGUUUUAAAUAUGUUCCCAAGGUCUUAUCUUUCCUUCUAGACUGUAAACUCCUUGUGGACAGGAUGUUUCUAGAAGAGCAGUGUUUAUGCCAAGCAGAGGGCCAGACAUAGAAUAACUCCUCAUGGAAAUAAAUAGAUCAAUGGAAUGGAUCUAAAUUGUUGAGAGUCCCUCAGUAUUCUAUGAUGUGGUCUGGGGCAUAGUAGGAGGAUUAUCUGACAAGUUUCAAACAAUAAGAUGGGAAACACCUUGAAGUCUUCCGCCACUCAAAAGUGAUCAUCAUUCUUGAAGGAUUCAUUUUAAACAUCUCGGUCAAGCAUUCUAUGCAAGCGCUGAGACAUACAGCAGGUAAACUCAUCGAUACAUAUCAUUUAGUUUUGUUUUUUAAUAAAGUCAUAAUGCUCUAUUUAGGCUUCCUGAAAAUAUUGACAAUCAUUUUAAUUACUAAAGGUGCUACUGAUUUCCUUACACUGACCUUCAUCCUGAAUGCUCCUGUUGGCUGAAUUUUAUGUUUUUUUUUUUUUAGGGGUAUGGAGCAGUGCAAUAAAAUUAGAUUAUCUUUUUGUCUGAAUUAUGCAACUUGAGAAAGUCUGUAUCUUUUUGUACUCUGUUGUUACUGUAUUUUAAUUAUUACUGUUCAUAUUGCAGGUCUGUGCUAUUUAUUAGAAAUAUACAUACAUAUAUAUAUUUCUACAGUAUGUGAGAAAAACCUGUAUUGCUUAUUAAAGUUAAAAUUAAUGUUCAUGUUGAAUCUUUGAAAGGAAAUCUGUAACUGCUUAUUAAUUAAGAACCAUUAAAUGCUAUGUUAUUCUGUGCUGAUCAAAACAUAUAUCAAAUUCCAGUCCACAUGUAAGAGCACUCUUUUGUCUGGGUGUAUAUAACUGAUUAUUGGCAAUGGAAAGAUUAAUGUCAACAUGAAAAAAUAUAACAAUUUCUAAUGGCUGAAAA